GUUUUCUUCAAUUCGGUUUUCGAUGAUUUGUAAUUCAUGAAUAAUAAUGGAAUGCAGGAUGCGCGUUUCGUCCUAUUUGAGCUUCGUCAACUGGAUCUACAUAUAUCCCACAGUUAAUAUUCAGUUCGGGACUCGAACCCAAAAUCGGUCGUAUCAAACAUCAUUACGUUAUCUACCUAACUACUGAGUCCUGAUAGCCACGAGUUGGUGUAAUGAGCAUAGAAUGGAAUCAAACGUUGUUGAUUUAGAUGGUACUAAUGAAUGUAAUAAUAUAAGUAAACGAAUUAAAAUUAUUUUGGUGGGUAAUUCAAAUGUUGGCAAAUCAAGUUUAUUAAAAUCAUUCACUAAAGGAUCUGAUGAAAAUGAACCAGUCUCUACAAUUGGUACCGAUUUAAAAUUAUAUGAAAUGAGAUUGAAUGGUGAAUUAAUUAAACUUUACAUUUGGGAUACAGCUGGUACAGAAAGAUUUAAAAAUCAUAUGUCUCCAUCAUAUUUUCGUCAUGCACAAGGUGCUUUAGUAGUUUAUGAUGUUGGUUGUCAAAAAAGUUUUGAAGAAUUAAACACAUGGGUUAAAAUGAUUGAACAAUAUUCUGGUAGUAGAUUAGUUAAAGUCAUUAUUGGUAAUAAAAAUGAUUUACCAGCACGUGCUAUAUCUAUGCAAAAAGCUGAAGAAUAUGCUAAAAGUAUUAAUUGUGUAUAUUUGGAAACUAGUGCAAAAACUGGUCUUCAUGUUAGACAAGCAUUCGUUACAUUAGUACAUAUGAUUAUCGAAAAAAAUUCCAAUCAAUUAAGUGUUAAGGAGAAUAAUGUUGUUUUACGUGAAAAACCUACAAAACAUAAAGCUCAGUGUUGUCAUCAUUAA